CCAAGCCCACUCCUCAUGGGGCUGUGGGCCGGCAGAGCUGGCGGAGCUGGGAGAGGUGACAACCCACAGGGCAUCCGCACAGCAGUGCGUCAGCAUCGCCGCGAGCUUCAAAACGCGGCGCCUGAGAGGCUGGGGAGGAAGUGGGCUCCAGUCCCAGCACCAUGGCGGAGCCGCUGCAGCCCUGCGAUGUCCCCACGGCACGGCAGGGCCUGCGUGACAACCACAGCAACCUGCAGCGUGUGGCUGAGUACUGCGAGAGCAACUACCUGCAGGCGAGCGACAAGCGGAAGGCUUUGGAGGAGACGAUGGCGUUCAGCACGCAGUCCUUGGCCAGCGUGGCCUACCAGGUCAGCAGGCUGGCCACCACCUUCCUGCAGCUGCUGGACCUGCAGGCAGCCGAGCUGCAAAAGCUGGAGGCCAACGUCAGCUGUGUAGCCCAGAGUGUUGACAUGCACAAGGAGAAAGUGUCUCGCCGGGAGAUUGGCUCUCUGACUGUCAGCAAGAGGUUCCCAUCCCACCAGAAGAUCACAUCCCCCCCCAACCCACCGUCCCUGGAGCCCUACUACAGGAAACCCCUCAACUUCAGCAUCCUGGAUGACGUUGGCCAUGGCAUAAAGGACCACAGCACCCAGCUGUCCCGCACAGGCACACUGUCUCGGAAAGGGAUCAAGAGUCAACAGUCUGCAGGCACCAUGGGGAGGAGCACUCGUGUCCCUGAGCCCAUCCAGCCUCCUGUGAUUCCUGAGGGAAAGCUCUCUGCAGCUUCAUCAGCCUCCUCACUGACAUCAGUCAGCUCGAGUGGAGGAGCCCCUGGGGAAGGCAUCCCAGCACCACCCCCACCUCCACCCCUACCGGGUCCACCACCCACCCCGGCUGCAGCCACCAUCCCACCACCCCCACCACCCCCACCUCUCCCUGGGGAUCUGCUCCCACCACCACCAGGGGACCUGGCUGUGCCCCCACCGGACUUCAGCCUUCCAGUCUCCGAUGACCUCGAGCCACCACUGCCACCACCACCAGUGUUGCCCAACUUUGAGGAUUUCACCCCACCACCACCACCACCAGCUGCAGAGGAGCCCCUCUGUGCCCCACAGAGCUACCUGGACAAAGUGCUGACCCUCUACCCGUACACACGGCAGAAGGACAACGAGCUCUCCUUCGAGCCUGGGGCCCUCAUCUACGUCACACGGAGGUACUCUGAUGGAUGGUGUGAAGGCAUCCUGGGCGAGGAGGCAGGUUUCUUCCCUGGCAAUUACGUGGAGCCCUUCUGAGCACCAGGAGCUCCCCGACCCCUCAUUGCCCACCCAGCUCAGCCGUGUGCAGGAGGCGAGGGCUCCACUUUGCCUUUGGCUUUUGGCUUUGCACAGCUCAGCCCUUUUGCUGCAGCCACGCCACGGCCCCAUGCCACAUGCUGCUGCCUGCGCCCCACACAUCCCCCUGCCUGCUCCUCACACCUCUGCCACCCUUUAUCUUUUUUUUUAAUGACACCAGCAAUCGCUGUUUCGGAGAUGCUGUGAAGGUUUAGCACUGAGGCAACUCCCCUGUCCCUCAAACUGCUGGAACUGGGAGAGCAGCAAGCUCUGAAAUCCCAUGGGCUGGCCCUGAUGCUGCUCCUGAACCCAUAGAACUGAUGGUAGAGCAGGACCAAAGCUCAGAAAUGACAAACAAGCAUGAGGAGGAGAGCAAUAACCACAGAGGAUCUGCUCCCUAUCUGCAGCUGCUUGAGAUGGGGAGAGAGGAGGCUGAGCCAGGUCUAAAUCCUGCACCAAAGGGGCUGCUGUAGGAUCAGGCCCAACCUGCAGAGCAUUGCUUAUAAUCCAACCCCACUCUGCUGCUCCCCUGGUCAGUUCCCAAGGCUGCCUGCCUCCUCCUGCAGCCUGAGGAAGGGAAACACCAUGUGCGUGCACCUCAGAGCCAUUUCACACUCAGGUUUAUGUUCUGGAUACAAAGAACUUGUGUAUCUGUAAUAUAUAGAUAUAUAUCUAUAUACAUAUAUAUGUAUUUUUUUUUUAAUUCCAUGGCUUUAAGUUCCACACAGUUGAACAGUGUCCAGACGAGGAAGAACGAAGAAAAGGGGGAAAAAAUGAAAUAAAGGAGGAUCAUCUCAGGGCUA